CCGGGCUAUCUGUGCAAGCGGUGCUGCAGUGCCCAGCAUGCAGUAGGCGCCCAGUAUCCGGUCACUAGGGUCACUAGUUCUCCUGAGUGACCCCGCAGGUCUCCAGAUGCCCUCCGGGCCCUCGGCCAUGCAGCCUGCAGGCCACUGCAUCACAUGAGCCGUACUAUCUUUAGCCAGGGAAGUAUUUAUAUCCCAGGGGAAGUUGUUCUGCCACUGGGGAGCCCCAGUGCCGGUGGCCCACUGCUCCCAGCCCUGGCGGCCCAGCAUGCCGCAAGGUCCUGAGGUCCCAGUGCAGGUGUGGGUGGGCGGCCAGCUGUUCCAGGCCGAGCAGGGCCUGCUGGUGGAGCACUGCGGCUUCUUCCGCGGCCUCUUCCGCUCGGGCAUGCGGGAGGCGCGCGCCGCCGAGGUGCGUUUGGGGGCGCUGAGUGCCGACGGCUUUCGCACUGCGCUGCAGGUGCUGCGAGGGCAGCGGCCGGCGCUGGCGGCGGAGGACGAGCUGCUGCAGGCCGUGGAGUGCGCCGCCUUCCUGCAGGCGCCGGCGCUCGCGCGCUUCCUGGAGCACAGCCUCACAUCGGACAACUGCACGCUGCUGUGUGACGCCGCCGCCGCCUUCGGCCUGCACGACGUGUUCCACAGCGCCGCGCUCUUCAUCCGCGACGGCGCCCGCGAGCUGGCUGCCGGCCUGGCGCUGCCCGAGGCCCGCGCUUACGUGGCUGCCCUGCGGCCCAGCUGCUACGUGGCUCUGAGCACGCACACGCCCGCGCCCGGCUUCCUGGAGGACGCGUCGCGCACCAUGUGCUACCUGGAUGAGGAGGAGGACGCGUGGCGCACGCUGGCCGCGCUGCCCCUGGAGGCCAGCACGAUGCUGGCGGGCGUGGCCACGCUGGGCAACAAGCUGUACAUCGUGGGCGGCGUGCGUGGCGCCAGUAAGGAGGUGGUGGAGUUGGGCUUCUGCUACGACCCCGAUGACGGCACAUGGUGCGAGUUCCCCAGCCCGCACCAGCCACGCUAUGACCCGGCGCUGGCCGGUUUCGACGGCUGCCUCUAUGCCAUCGGGGGCGAGUUCCAGAGGACGCCCGUGAGCUCCGUGGAGCGUUACGACCCAGCCGCGGGCUGCUGGAGCUUCGUGGCCGAUCUGCCGCAGCCUGCUGCAGGUGUGCCCUGCACCCAGGCGUGCGGGCGCCUCUUCAUGUGUCUGUGGCGGCCCGCGGACACCACGACCAUCAUGGAGUACGUGGCGCAGACCGACGCAUGGCAGCCAGUGGCUGAGCUGCGACGUCCGCAGAGUUAUGGCCACUGCAUGGUGGCCCAUCGCGACAACCUCUACGUGGUGCGCAAUGGACCUUGCGACGACUUUCUGCACUGCGCCAUCGACUGUCUCAACUUGGUCACCGGCCAGUGGACUGCACUGCCGGGCCAGUUCGUCAACAGCAAGGGAGCGCUCUUCACGGCCGCGGUGCGCGGUGAUACUGUCUACACUGUCAACCGCGUGUCCACGCUACUGUAUGCCAUUGGAGGUGGCACCUGGCCGCUGCUCAGGGAGAAGAUCGGCUUCCCUCGCCCCGGUUCCCUGCAGACCUUUCUGCUGAGGCUGCCCGCUGGAGCUCCCGGACCUGUGGCCUUGCCUUUGCCAGAGCUGUGAUCUCAGAUUGACUUUAAAGGAGGCAACAGGAGUCGUCCCUGAGCCGAAGCUGGGCGUAAAGCUGGGAGGGGAGCCACUGAGAACUUUUUACC